ACGAUUACUGUACAUGAAGGAAAUUUUACGUGUAGGCCCCUUAACGUCAUGAUCCCCAGUUUCUAAGUUACGGGGUCUGUUCAGCGGGUCGUUUUUUAAAUCCACAUCUUCUCAUUGAUUUCAUUUCGCGAGGUUAAACUUAACCCGGAUAACCAAAAAUGACACUCACCUCAAAUGCUACCAGUUUCAAAUCCAGGUAUAUAACUGCUGAGCUGGCUCAUCUGUUCAGCCAGUCAGACAACGAGGAGGAGUUUGAAGGCUUCAGUGAGGAUGAUGCAGAAAAGGACAGAGGAUGUUUCCAAAAGCAGCAAAAGACCAAGGUUGUUGACUCGGAGGAGGACAGCGACAAAGACACAGGUUUCUACUCGGAUGGUGAGGAGCCACCUGAGCCAAAGAGGAGGAGUCUGUUAGUCGCACUUAGGUUUCCAGGCAAAAAAGGGCCUGCCUCCAAACAAGAAUCGAAUAAGAAAAAGGUCAGUAAGCCAGUCAGAAAGGCUCAUCUGUCUCUGAGAGGCAAAGGAAGGCAGAAGGCGAAACAGGAUCAGAAAGAGGACGACAAGGAGGAGGAAGAAGAGGAGGAGGCGGGAGUGAAAGACAAAAAGGAGAUCCUCUCCCAAAGUCUAAUGAAACGAGAUCGCAACAUACAGGAAAACAAAGCCAUGCUCACUAAGCUGUUUGCUGAUCUGAGCUCCCUGGCUGACCUGACUCCACCAACCACACCUCAGAAGAAGAAGAAGGUACCGCAGAAAGUAACGCCGCAGAAGCGUAAGUUUAGAGUUGAAGUAGGGUCCGAGAGGAGGAACCCGUCCCGUAAGGCUCGUCCUCCGGAGAACUUUGCAGUGGAGGAAAAGUACGAGCCAGCUACCCUCUCAAGUCCCAGGACUGUGGACAUCAGGAGACUGGUGGAGGUGGAUGACGAACAUGUCGAUGGGAGAAAGAAAAAGAGAAGAAGCCACAGCUCCAGGAGGAGUCAGUACAUAGUGAAAUCCGUCGACGAGAUCACGGAGGAGGACCUGGAAAACAUAGCGUACCGCAGCAAGGACAAGAUCUGGGACAAAGAGAACGGCAGCUCGUGUCACCAGUGCAGACAGAAGACUCUGGACACCAAGACAGUGUGCCGGAGCGGUUACUGCGUGGGGGUCAAAGGUCAGUUCUGUGGACCGUGCCUGAAGAAUCGCUAUGGAGAGGACGUGCGCAGUGUGCUGCUCGACCCGACGUGGUCAUGUCCCAUCUGCCGGGGAAUGUGUAACUGCAGUCUGUGUCGUAAGAAGGAGGGCCGCUGUGCCACGGGGAUCCUGGUGGGCCUGGCGCGCUUCAAUGGCCACGACAACGUCCACGAGUAUUUGGAGAGUAUCCAGAAGGAGCUGCAGUGACGUCCAGAUGAUUAAACCGCUUCUGGUCCUGCACAGUACUGUAAAAAAAACAUUUUAAUGCACAUUUCUCAAGACAUGGCUGACCUUUCUAUUUACCUUGACAAAACACCGUUGUUGGGUUUUGGAUUUUUUUAUAGUCACCUUAAAAGGCGUUUUAUACUGUUAAUAUUUUGUAUAUGUAUAUCCUGGCUUGUGUUGCAUGUAAUGCAGGAAUGCCUUUGCCAUUGUUUAAGCCGGUUCUUUGUAGUUGUACCAUUUUUCUAAAUGGUUUUCACCUAAAUGUCGUAGUCUGACAUUUUUAUAGUUGCGAACCGAAGCUUUGGUUUAAAUAACUUUCUAAAGCUCUCACCAGUCUGCUGCACAUUUCAAUAAAGCUUAUAAAAAAGUGAA